AUGGAUACGUUACCAAUCUACGUGCUCAGCGUCACAGUCGCCGCAUCGUCACUAUACGUUGCACACCGUCUGUAUGCGCAUCGGCAUCUUCUACGUCCAUUUCUUACCUUUGCGUUGGCAAACUUUGUGCAUCCUAUAAGCGAAAACGGCUUGAAGCAGCAAGAUGCACUGGAGAACUUUUAUAAAAUCCAGGCUCGUAUAUACGACAUAACCAGAACAUGGCUUCUCCAUGGUCGCGAAGACAUGCUCAUUCUGGUCGCUGCCCAGUUGAAGUACCAGGCAGGUCCGACACCCAAUGGAAGAAAGCCCAUAUGGAUCGAUAUCGGGGGCGGGACCGGAUGGAACAUCGAAGCGAUGGCCCAGUAUCUUGACGUGCCCACCUUCUUCGAAAAGGUCUAUCUGGUGGAUCUUUCGCCAUCGCUGCUAGCCGUGGCCCGCGAUCGAUUUGAGCGUCUUGGGUGGACCAAUGUCCAAAUUGUCUGCCAGGACGCACUUGAUUUCUGUUUGACCUACAAGGACCAGGCCGACUUGAUCACGCUGUCCUACAGCCUCAGCAUGCUGCCGAACUUCAAUGCCAUGAUCGACGCAUUUGCAGACUCCCUGAGCGAGUCUGGUGUUCUAGCCGUCGUAGAUUUCUACGUACAGAGCAGAAUCGACACGCAGGGCCGCAACUUCACAGGCGGCGUGAUGAACCGGCAUGUGAAUUGGCUAGGCCGCACUUUCUGGCGGACAUGGUUCGAAUUGGAUCGAAUCAGCCUAGAAGGGGCGAGACGGGACUAUCUCGAGUACCGUUUUGGUACGCUCAAGUGUCUGAACCAAAGAAACCAUAUUUUCGGCACUCGGAUACCUGUUGCUAUCCCAUACUACAUCUUCCUGGGCCGUCUCCCUUCGUCGUCUGCUUUCCACGACAAUCUGAAACGGACGGACGCCGCUUGCACUGGAGCCCCACAUUUUAAUUCUCAAGUGGACGCCGAUAUUUGUGACAGUCCCAUAGGGGCUUUCAAUGGGCAGUCUAAGGUGUACCAAGCAGCUAGAGAAAAUCUGACACGGGGCGUACCCCUCCCGUCUACUUUCUACCAGAACACGCAGUAUCGCAUUCACUAUGACGAGCAGCUUCCAAAGCAUACUCAAUUCGGCAAGGAAUUCAUCUACGCCUUUACAUGGGAAGACUCCGAAUGUGACCGGCGACUACUUACGAUAUCGCCGGAUGAUGUGGUUCUCUGCCUCACGUCAGCCGGCGAUAACUUGCUGGAUUAUCUCCAGGCCUGCUCACCCCGGCGUGUGCAUGCCGUGGACCUGAAUCCUAAUCAGACCCACCUCCUCGAGCUCAAAGUUGCGUCAUAUCAAGCACUAUCUUACAUGGAAUUCUGGGCACUGUUCGGCGAAGGACACUGUUCCGGAUUCCGCAACCAAUUGCUGGACAAGAUUUCCCCGUUCCUCAGCUCCCAGGCCCUGCAGUUCUGGCUUGAUAAGCCGACGAUGUUCACUUCCCGAUCUGGCUUGUACUCUCAUGGCGGCUCGGGGGUGGCACUGAAGCUGGUAAAGUUCAUCCUUUAUGCCAGUGGACUCAGCGGCGCUACGCAGAGACUCUGCAGGGUACGAUCUGUGUCUGAACAGUGGCAACAGUGGCUUCGCCUUCGCCGAGUGCUUUUGAGCAGGACUCUGCAUUGGUUUUUCGUGAACUCCGACUUUCUUUGGAGAGCUGCUGGCGUGCCCGUUGCUCAGGCCAAACUCAUAAGUGACGAUUAUAUGCUUCGACAAGGACCUCAGAAGACGCCUAUCGGAGCUAACGAAGGAGUAUGGGAGUACAUCUCAGACACGCUAGAUCCUGUUGCACGCAACACAUUACUAAGUGAAGAUAACUUCUACUACCUCCUGGUCCUAAAUGGAAGGUACACCGAGCGGUGCAAACCCCCGUAUCUGUCUCAGUCGGCAUUCCAGAAGUUGUCACGCCCGGGGGCCUUUGAUGGACUCUCAAUGCACACUGAUGAGGUCUGCGAGGUCAUUGAGCGCAUGCGCCCUGGCUCGCUGACGCUUGUCGUGAUCAUGGAUUCCAUGGACUGGUUCGACCCACAGGGCUCCGAAGCUGCGUAUCAGACGAAGAUGAUUCAUCGCGGCCUGAAACCUGGGGGUCGUGUGUUCCUGCGAUCAGCCGCACUAAAACCAUGGUAUAUUGCAGAGUUCGAAAAGGUGGGGUUUCUGGCCAGACGAGUGGGCGUCCGGACGCCUGGCAGCUGUAUUGACAGGUAUCUGACAUUGCGUGGGGUGAACAUGUACGCAAGCGCAUGGAUCAUCACUAAAACUGCGGGCGGCGACGGCAACGGCAGGGAUCGACCCGCACUCGCAUGA